AAAAGAUACCACUUGUUUAAAUAAAGCUUCAUUAAAAAUAACUUCGCAAGUUAUUUUUAUUAACUGCCAUUAUAUGAUAUUUUAAAAACUGCCAUUAUAUGAAAAUGAAACAUCAAAAUAUUAAUGAAACUUAUUAUCUUUUGCAGAUAAUAGUAACACCAGCACUUAUCAAAGGCGAAGAAGGCAGACAAAAACAAGAUGUUACAAAACGCGAAGCGAAAAAAAUAAAUAAAAGAGAAGCAUCAUUAAUCAUAGAUAAUUUUCCCGUUGAAACUGUAUACAGUCAGUACCCAAAAGUUAUCUUUAGACGGGUCUCACGACAGAAAUACGGGCCUCCAAAAACCAAAUAUGAAUCUUAUAGACCCAAAUAUGGACCGCCAUCACCAAAAACUAGAAAACCAGCGAAAAAAUACAGAAAACAUUUUAAUUACAAACAUAGACAAUCUUCAAAGCACCGAUCUCCCAAACCUAGAUAUGGUCCACCAAAACGCCCAUCGAAGAAACCAGUAUAUGGACCACCGAAAAAAGCCCCACCUCCAUAUAACACGGAACCAGCUGGAUUUGCCGAGCCACCAGUAGAUGCAGAACCUUAUUAUCAACCUCAGAAUCAAAAUUACGCAGAGCCACCAGUUGAUUCAUACGGUGCACCACUAAAAACAACUAACGAGCCAUAUCCGGCUGCACCGAAUUACGAAGCCCAGAACCAUUACGAACACAGUGAUUUCUCAAACUUAGCACAAGAAUAUCGUCCUUGGCAAGAUUUCCAACAAGAGCCAAACGUAGACAACACCUUUGCAUAUUCUAAGAAGCGACCAAUAUUCAUAAAACCUGACGAGCUCUUCGACGCAGAAGUAAAUCAAGAGGAUGACAAUAUUGACCAUACAAAUAUAUAUAGUUUGCAGACAUACAAAGAGCCUGAGUAUUUGAACAACAGGAAGAAAAAACCCCAUUACUUUAUAGAUUCUAACAAGAAGGUGAAUAAAUACUGGAAAUCCCCAAGACUUAGACCUGAAAAAAUUAAGGUCGACGAAGAUGAUAACGAUGAGGAAAUGUUAGUAGGAGGUCAAUAUGCUGAACCACCAGCUAGAUAUGUGCCCAAGUUCUUACCAAGUGCACCGAUGUUUACCGGAACUGAUGAAUUCGCUCCUGCGAAAAUUUUCGAUUACCAUACACCAACAACAUCUGCCACAAUUUCUCCGUAUGUUAAUUACAUAAAUAGCAACAUGGCUUUCAGUCCACAGAACUUGAACGAUGCAUUCAGUAGUAGAUAAGUUUAGCAAUAACAACACAACACAUAAUAAAAUUCAAUGAGAAUUAAUGACAUUCAGAAACAUUGCAUUUAAAAGCGACUAUUCCUUUGUAUGGUUGCUUAUCUAAAUAAUCUUCUCCUACGUGUAGUAGGUCAUUUGAAUUAAUGUAUUAUUAAGCAUUAUUCUGCUAUUAAUGUUAUUUAUAACCUUUACAUUUAAAGAAUGUACAAAGCAACAGAUUAUAAAUGCUGUAUCAUAUAUUUAUCAUAUCAUAUACUUUUUCUUUAAUGAUUAUUCAAAAUAGGUUUUAGUAUUUAUUGUUUAUAAUAAUCUGUACGUUAUACAUAUUGAGCAACUAUUGUUAAAAGUACAGAUAAAAUAUUCACCUGUAAAUAAGUUAAAAGAAAAUAAAAUCGGAAAAAUAAAAUUUAAUUAUUAUCUACUUUUUUAUAUUUCAAUACUUUUUGGGUACUUAAUCUUAGCUAACUGGUUAAAACAAUCAUACAAUUGGACAGUGUCUAGUUUUCUAGGUUAAUCGUUAUAAUUUAUUUUCUCUAUAGGACAGCUGAUAUAAUAAAUUUUCCCGCCACGACGGUGCAAGUUUCGCUUUGUUUAUAAAAGUUAGUGACAAAAUAAGGCUCUCUUGUACCUCCGCUUACAUUCGAGAGAAAAGACGCGCUCGCUUGAUUUCAAACAUU